AAAAGGAAAAACGAAAACAGCGAAAGCAAAACAAAAAUUUGCUGCGUGAAAAACAAAUAAAUAAAUUAAAUUAAUGAUUACCUUGUAGCGUUUAUAUAGUGUAAAUAGAAAACUAUUUGUUUGCAUAAGUUUAGAGGAUGUAAAAAAAGGGUUCUUGACCAUAAUACCAAGCUCGUAAGGGUUUGAUAAAAUAUCGAUAAAAAACAAGAAAUGAUGUCAGCUGCCCAUAAAUAAACCAGACACGACAAGAAGAGAUUUAUUCUUCUACAACAUUAUUACCCCAAUAGAAAACAUGGAUACGGAUAUGAACCAGCGCAAUUAUUCGGAUGCAACGGAAAAGUCGUCACCCAGUGCAUCUGACUCUGGUAAUUACUCCGCUAGUGCAAACAGCGAGAUUUCAUGUCCCUUUGAGAUAGAGCUAAAUAAACAUUGUCAGCACAUUCAUACAUUGCUCAAAGAGCGAGAUCAAGCACUUUUCAUAGCUAUGCAAGAUGUACGAAAGCUACGCAGUGAACUUGAACGACUUAACAAGUCAGAGGAAUGGUAUAAAAAGGAGUUGCGGGAACAAAAAAAUACGAGGUUGGAGGCACUUGAACGACUAUAUGCUCAAGAACGUAAAUACAUGCAAGAGAAUCAACGCUUACAACACGAAUGUGUGCGUCUGUAUGAAAAAUGUGGCGAAUUGGAAAAGGAGCUGCAAGCCAAACGAGAUAAAGUCAUGCAAAUGAUAGUAGAAGAUGAGCAACUUACAGACAUGAGCGAUAAAACUGAUGAGGUGUUGAACAAAUUUGAAUUAGAACAACAGCGAUCAUUAGUUAAUGACCAGGAAAAAUUAAUCGGUGUCCUCCGUAAACAAAAGCAUGUUUUGCUUGAAGACUUGAGAAGACUGAAUACUGAAAAAGAUUCCAAAGUAUUGGAACUGCAGGAAACCCUAGCUGGUAUAGAGGUCGAAAACACGCAUAUGACGGCGCAGUGCAAGCGAUUGAUAACCGAAAGGCAAAUAUUAGAAUGCACACUAAAAACAAAAGAUGAAGCGCUAAAUGCAGAAAUCGCCGAAAAGUUAAAGAUGACAGCUUUGAUUGAGGAGCUGAGGGAGCAGAGCAAGGAGCAGCUCGAAUUGUUAUUGCACAAAGAACUCGAAAUUCAAGAGCUCCGAAAGAAUUUCAAUGAGAAUAUGCAAAAUGAAAGAGACUUGGAUGAAGUGCAUCGGUUGAGUAUUUCUUAUCACGAGGAAAUCAAUGCUAAAACCGCUGAAAUAUCGUCACUUAAAAAGUCUUUCAACGCGCUUCAGAUAGAAUUAAACACUCUGACAGACUUACAAUCGCAGAAUGAGGAACAAGGGCGUCAUAUAGAACAGCUCAACUUUUCACUGGAAACGCAAACAUGUGAACUAAGAAAUUUGAAGCAAACGGAUGAAGAAAAGUCACAGCAAAUAACUGAGUUACAGCAUAAUCUGGAAAAAAUUCGCACCCAGCACGACGUUACGCUUGAGCAAAUGAGUUCUGAAAAAACUACUUUGAAAAAUGUCAAGCGCGAAUUGAUUGCUUUGCAUGAGCAAUAUGCCAGCAUGUGCGCACUCUGUGAAAAAACCCGUUUCGAAUUGGAGAUACUUGAGAUCGAAAAUGGCAAGUUGAGAUUCCAAUCGGAUGGAGACAAACGCGAAAUCGAGGCACUUAGGGAAAAACUAAAAGGUUACCUUAAACAUAUGGAGGAUUUGGGAAUGCGAAUCAAUGAGCUGGAAGCAAAAUUACAAAGUGUAAUAGUGCGAAAUGAGGAAUUACAACAAAAAGUGAGAGAGUUCGAGGAAGGUACUGCAGCACAGGAUCAUUUUAAUAUCGAAAAAGAGCAAAACAUAGCUUUGCAGCAGAAUAAAGAGCUGAUCGAUCGAUGUAACGAGGUUAGUAAUAGUCAUAAAGCCAGCGAGGGAAACGAAACAGACUUAGGAAGGAUGAAUGAUAAUGAAGAUGAUGAUAGUGGCUUUUUAGAAGCUACUGACGAUAGUUUAAAUGAUGGUGAAGACAAUGAAAUAUGCAAGUCAGAUUUACAAUGUAAAAGGGAAUCGGAUUGUGCCACUGUCACAGCUGUAAAUGAGACACUUCUACAAAAAUUGAGCUCACAAAGUGAAAUUUUGAAAGAGAGACAAAUAUUAAUUGCCUCUUUGGAGAAGCUUAUUUGCGAUGGAACGGCAACACUAGAUAACGAUGCUUCCCUCAUCAAUAGUGUUAAAGACAAACGGUGGCAUGGUGGAUUAUCGGAGCAACAACAACAAUUGAUGAAAUAUUUGAAUACCCAAAGUCUUUUGAUUGAGGAGAAGAGCAAGCUUUUGGAAGCGUUUGAAUCACUAGUCAAUGAGAAACCAAGUCCAAACGAGAAAACGCACGACAAUCACAAUCAAAACAUUUCAAAAAUCAAAAAAAUCAUCGAUGAGAACAAAAAACAAAAAACUGUAAAUACAGAAGAAGCCGAUAUACUAAUGGACACGAAUAUAAAAGACAACAGCCAAAGUGAUAAAGGUUAUAGUAAAGAGGUAGAGUAUCUACAAAAGAAAUUACAGGAUGAGGAAGAAAGACAUUUUAAAGACAGGAGCGCACAAGAGCAACUCCAUAGCGUUCAAAUGAAGAGCUGCGAGGAAAAUAUACAACGCCUACAGACAGAAAAUGAACGUCUGAUAAAAGACCUGCAAAGCUUAAUGGAAGCGAAAUUCGAAAUGGAAAGUGCGCUUGAAAACCAGACACAGUUGAUCAUAGAACUGCAAAGUAAGUUGUCUACACACGUAAGUAAAUCUAGCCUUACACAGGAGCUAUUGCCACCCGAGAGGGAGGAGCUUCUACGUUUGCGUGCCAAUGUUGGGGAGCUUGAAAACCGUUUGGAGUCAGCUAUGCAGCACGACGAAGCUCGACGCAACGAAAGAGUGCGGCUCAUACAGCAGCUGAUAGAGCAACAAAAUUGCAAAGUGAAGCAGCUUACUGAAUCUCAAGAAGACUGGGAAGAUCUUCUGGCAACACUAAAAGUUGCACAAAAAUUAGAGGAGAGUGCGAGGGCAGAGUUGCAGUUGAAACACGCCGAGCUGGAGGAGUUGAAUGCGCUCUUCGCCGAGCAGAAUGAACAGCUGCGACAGCUACAAAAAAUAGCAGUGCUUGAUAAAACCAAUGAAAGGGCAGAUGAACAUGAGCAACUGCGAUUGACAUUCCAAAAGGAGUUUGAAACGAUGCGGGCUGACCUAACCGCACAAUUGGCCGACAGCGAGGCAAAGCAACGUAAAAUCGAAGAAUUACAGGGCAAAAAUGAGCGCCUUGAACGUCAUCUCAAUGAAGAUUACGCCGAAGAAAUGGCUAAAAAUCAGCGGCAAUUGCGAGCUUUGCAAGUAAAAAUGGAAAGUCUAAGAACAGAACGGGAUCAGUAUGCUGAGCGUCUGACGGAAAUGGAAAAUGAGUUGCAACAGUUGAAGAAGAGCAAACGCGAUGGACUUUUGUUGCCACCAGAAUUUGUAGUACUCCCUGACAGCGCAGCACACACUUCUUCCACCGAAGAUACAUCCUCCUCGUCAAUUGACGCAAACGGAAACUCAAGCGCCAGCGAAUCUGAUAGUAAUGAACGCAUGCGCAUACUCACCAAAGUGCUCGAGGCAGAGUACCGGCGCAAAAUGAAGCGCUACGACUUGCACAUACACACGCUGUUGGGCAAUAUCAAAAAACUGAAGAAAGCUUUGCGUGCGACCGAACAACGAGCUGCACACUUGACACUCGAGCAGUGCCAGACGAUGGAAGAGUUGCGCGAACUACGUUUGACCCGAAGGCAGCUCGAGGAGAUGCGUUUGAAGUGCGAACAUAACCAAAUCACUAUUAAGGCGCUCGAGCAGGCUCUAGAAAUGGAGCGCAAAAAAUUCGAGGCUUCCGAUUUGGGUAAGGCGACAAACAGCACACGCGACUCGGUAGGAGAAGCGCUGCGCACAGAUGAGCCGGCGCACGAAGUGGCGAAUUUAAUUGAUGACUAUAAAAAGUUAAUUCAACAAUCGGCACUCGCUACACGCCGACCGAAGACCAGCACCAUACUGGAUCUCAUCCAACGUAGCAAUCAAUGUGUGCCAAAUUUACAUAAACUGGAGACGACAGUUGGUGGCCUGCGCAGCGACUUGGAGCACUUUGUUGGCGCGCAUACAAUGAAUCUGCGUCUGCAGACUGCAAGUGCCAACAAGUUGGAUGGGCCCUCGCUGAUGGACGAGCUGCGCGCUGCAACUGAGAGUUACUAAAUUUUUAGUGACUCCUUAUAGUUAGUAGCGAACACUGUGAAUGCGCCUGCACCGAGUGAUUAUCUUUUGUCCUACUUCAUUAUUAGUUUUUCUGUGCAUAAAAUGCAACAAACAUUGCCAAAUUAAGUUCAACUAUUUCUAUAUAUACAUUCUUAUUUAAUAGUAUUUUUUAUCAGCUGUUUUCAGUUCUUUUUUGUAUAUUUAUUUGUUAAUUUCGUUUUAUAUUUAUUCAUAAAGUACUACACUUUAACUUCCUAAAGACAUUUUUCCACAGAUUGAGAUUUUCUUGCAAAAGAAUGUCCAACCAGGUAAUUGCCAAACGACCCAACAAUCGAUGUCAUGACUUCAAUAAAAAUUGCCUAAAACUGA